ACUAUCUUUGGCCUGUCUGAUCUUUGUCACUUUCAACAGCUGGGUGGAACUCUGACAAAAAAAAAAAAAAUUGCUUCAAUGACAUUUUGUGUAGGGAUGGCAGCCUGAGCGCCAGAUUAAACCGCCGCAGUGUCAGGAGUGGAUUUUCUCUUCUGGACCAUGGAUUUUAACGUUAAACGUUUAGCGGCAGACGCCGGUACUUUUCUGAGUCGUGCAGUACAAUUUACAGAAGAGAAGCUUGGACAGGCUGAGAAAACUGAGCUGGAUGCCCACUUGGAGAACCUGCUGGCCAGAGCUGAGAACACCAAGCAAUGGACAGAGAAGAUCAUGAAGCAGACAGAGGUUUUACUACAGCCUAAUCCAAAUGCAAGACUGGAAGAAUUUGUGUACGAGAAGCUGGAGAAAAAAGCCCCCACACGCAUGAACAACCAUGACCUGCUGGGUCAGUCCAUGAUGGAUGCAGGAAGCGACUUUGGUCCUGGGACUGCUUACGGAAACGCUUUGAUAAAAUGUGGCGAGACGCAGAAGCAGAUCGGCGGUGCCGAGCGGGAGUUCAUCCAGAGUUCUGCCAUCAACUUCCUGACGCCUUUUCGAAAUUUUCUAGAGGGCGACUUUAAAACCAUCCUGAAAGAAAGAAAGCUUCUACAAGUGAAACGUUUGGAUCUAGAUGCAGCCAAAACGAGACUAAAGAAAGCCAGGAUGCCUGAUGCAAGAGCUGCAGCGGAGCAGGAGCUGAGGAUGACCCAGAGCGAGUUUGACCGACAAGCUGAGAUCACGCGCCUCCUGCUAGAGGGCGUCAGCAGCACCCAUGCACAUCACCUCCGCUGUUUGAAUGACUUUGUGGAAGCUCAGACGACUUAUUAUGCACAGUGUUACCAGUACAUGGUGGACCUCCAAAAGCAGCUCGGCAGCUUCCCGUCCUCCUUCUCCAACAACAACCAGUCGUCCAUGUCGGGCGGGGCCAGCAUCUCGGUGCCAACCAUACCGGUUUCUGCCUCUCUGCCCAGCGUCUCUGCAGGCCGCGCCAGCUCCUCAGCGUCAGGCGGAUUCAGCGAGCUGCGGAGCUCCAACGGCAGCCGCAAAGCCAGAGUCCUUUACGACUAUGACGCUGCCAGCAGCAAUGAACUCUCCCUGCUGGCUGACGAGGUCAUUACAGUCAGCAGCGUCCCGGGCAUGGAUUCAGACUGGCUGAUGGGGGAGCGAGGCAACCAGAAGGGCAAAGUGCCAAUCACCUACCUGGAGUUGCUCAACUGAAGCACACCUUCUGCCAUCCUGCACAACCAGCUGUGAUCCUGUAUUUAUGCCAUUCUGCAGGGACAGGCUUCACUUUCUAUCUCUUUUUUUUAUGUUUCUUUUGUUUAAAAAAAA